AUGCUCCCUUCCUUCGCUUACGUGACCGAUCACCUCGGCUUCCGCGGCACCAUAAAAAACGCGCCCAGCGACUUCGUGGUGACGGAGAUCGAGGCGCCCGAGCCGGCGCCCGGCGGUGGCCGUGCCGAGUCUCCCCAGAAACCCAGCGAAGCGCCCUCGGCGCAAGGCCGCUGGUGCCCGCAGCAGCCCAAAAAGCUGAGAGCGGGCCCUGGUGCUCCCUGCGCCGGCCCUGCCGCCUUGCCGCUGCCUCCCGAGCCCAGCCCGGCGCAGGCUGGGUGCUGCUUGGCAUCCCUGAGCACGCAGUGCUGUGGGAGCGACCCUGAGCCCUCCCUUAGCUCCGGGGAAGCCAACGUAUUGGAUUCCCUGCUAGGAAAGCCCCUGAGCGAGCUGCUUAAUAAGUUUGCUUGUGAGCUGCAGGCUGCGUGGGGCUCGGGAAAUGUGUCCGAUGGCAGCACUCGUGAGUUCUCGCUGGGACCUGUCCUGGACAAGAAGAACCGAGCUGCUUUACACAGUGCCAUCAGACAGGAAUUCCCCUUCUUGGUCACUGUCACGAAAGACAGUGAAAUGACUGUGCGAGGAAAUGCUGAUUACAAAGAACUCUGUCAGUUAGUGAGUGAAAAGGAGGCGAAUGAUUUCUUUAAAUUUUUAGACACAAAGCUGGAGAACUCCACAUUUUCCUUUGAGCCUGAUGGGAACAAAGAGCACAGAAAAGCAAUUCAUCACUUUAUCAAUAGAAAAUUUGGAAAACUCUUAGAAACAAAGUCUUUCACCAUGACAAAUGUCAAUGAUCAGCCAAAUAUGUCAAUAAUAGUAAGAUUUAGAGAAAGAAGUUGGUCCAAAAAAAGGCCUAGUGGUGGUUUACAGGAAAAUCAAGAACUUUACACAGCUUUCACCCUUCAGAAAGAAAAUCUGGAGACGCUAGAAGCAAUCGGUUUCUUGGCUUCUGAACUUGGCAUCCUUGCUUCGGACUUCAGUUACACGGGCAUCAAAGAUAAGAAGGCUAUUACUUACCAGCCUAUGGUUGUGAAGAAGGUGACUCCUGAGAGGUUGAAAGAAAUCGGAAGCAAAAUAGAAAAGAAGGGAAUGAGAAUACAAAACAUACAUUCAGCAAGUCAGCACCUUAGGCUUGGUCAGCUGAAAGGAAAUCACUUUGAUAUAAUUGUGAGAGAUCUAAAACAUCACAGUUAUGACACUUCUGCAGAUUUGAAAGAGAGAAUAUCUGAAGCAAUAGAAAAAGUUGAGGCAAAAGGUUUUGUAAAUUACUAUGGACCUCAACGAUUUGGACAGGGACAAAAUGUUCAGACAGAUCAAAUAGGAUUGGCUUUACUGAAUGAAAAAAUGGUGGAAGCUCUAAGGUUGUUCUUCACACCUGAAGAUAACGAUGACCCCGUAAACACGGCAAAAAGAUACUUUCUUCAGACUGAGGAUGCCAAGGGCACGCUCGCAAUGCUGCCGGAGUUUAAAGUGAGGGAGAAGAUGAUACUACGGGCUCUGAAUCGCUAUGGCGUGAACCAUGAGGGUUGUGCCAAAGGGUGGCUCAGCAUUCCUCAUGCCAUGCGCAUAUUCUAUGUCCACGCGUAUUGCAGUAAAAUUUGGAAUGAAGCAGCAUCGUAUAGGCUGAGCACUUACGGUUCAAAGGUUGUUGAGGGUGAUCUAGUCAUCUCUGAGGAGAGUGAUGAAAGCUUUUCCGUGAAUGACAAAGUUCAUAUAGUCACCGCUUCAGAAGAGUCAGCUAACAAGUAUUCCAUACAUCAAGUGGUUCUCCCAGUGGUAGGACAUAGUAUCAAGUAUCCUAGUAAUCAAGUUGGGCAAUGGUACCAUGAAAGGCUUUCUAAGGAUGAGCUGCAAAACUGCAAAUUCAGAGUGUCUCCAUUACAGCUGAAUAUACCUGGAUGCUAUAGACCCAUUCUGAAAAAUGUUCAAAAUCUGACAUAUUUUUUGGAAGACAGUGAAAAAGGAGUCAGAAUUGAAGACAACCACCUGAAUGAAUCAAAAGCAUCUCUUCAUAUAUCAUUUGACCUCGAUCCUUCAUGUUAUGCAACUGUCUGUCUGAGAGAAAUAAUGAAAUGUGAAUUUUAAGAUUCCAAAUAAUGAAAUAUUGUAGGAAUAUUAUACUAAUCACUCUAUUCUAUGUACAGUGCCAACAAAAGAAGAGAGAAUCAUAGUUUCAAG